CGCUUGUUCGUUCGUUCGCUCGCUCGCUCGUUCGCUCGCUCGUUCGCUCGCUCGCUCGUUCGUUCGCUCGUUCGUUCGCUUGCUCGUUCGCUUGCUCGUUCGCCUCAUUGAGUUUCAAUGGCUCCGAGUUCUAUAUGAAGGUACAGGCUGAUUCACGCGCUACGGAUAUGGGAGAAGCUGAAUAUUCGGCCGAGAUAAUGAACGUGAGCGUAGGCGGAAGACGAACCACGUGUGCAACGCUUUUCAUGGCUAGACGAGCUCUCGAUGUCAUCGUUGCCGACGACAGUGACGACGAUAAAGGAGUUGACCUGAUGGAUAAGGAGGAGGUGGGAAUAAGAAUUGAAGUACCACCUACUCAACGGCCUACCUCCAUUAUUAUGCAUCGGCCUCGACGACGACUACGACGACGAUGGCGACGAGGACCUCAAUGCAAACCGCACCGACAUUUAAUUCAGUUCAGCUCUGUAUUUCGCGCCUCAUGA